AUGAAGGUCAAGUACGGUCAAAUAGGUGGGGUGCUUGGAGAGUGAGGGUCUUUUUUAAUUUGUGGUAUAGGAAUUCUUGUGACGUGGAAAUGGGUUUAAAAUUCUGACUUGGCUCUAACUAGUUAUGAUAACCAAGGAAAACUUGCAAUUAGGCAUUUUACAUUUCAAAAUGCAGCGCUGGGCUUUCAGGUCAGCGCCGAAGUCGAAGUACAAUUCUAUGGGUCAAAUUGAACAGUCACCAGAGGAGGCGGUAUGUAAUAGCUACAUGUAAUCCAUUCUUUGCCGAGGUUUGUUUGUUGCACUGAUUUAAGGUUACGUGGCUUCCCUGCCAAGCCUGUUGAGAUAAAAUGGGAUGAGACCCACAACUACAGUAGUAUGACUAAGGUUAUGGGAGAUAUGUUAGGGACCACAAAUGCCUAAGAGAGAAGAUUGACCUAGAGGAUGCACCCCUACUUAGGCACAACCCCAGAAGGUCCACUCGUCAAGCCGUGACACAUGUUUGAACACUCACUAUUUAUAUGGUUUGGGAAGAAUCAGCAAUAGAGGAAUAUUUAUGCUGUGUGUCAUGUUGAUUUGUGUGGCCCUAACCUCACUUAGUGUAUAUGAACUACGUCAUGCAGAAUCAGACAGGGGAUAUGUUUUGCCACAUCCAGAACAAGUUGUUGAGAAGGAUUCAGUAAAGAAGCCAGGUUUUGCUGUUUAUGGGAGAAAUGUAGAUGCUGGAUAUCUCAAGCAUGUUUACCUUGUUUUCGAACGUUUGGGCUUUGAACGACGGAAUGAUUCUGACUGGGAUGUUCUGUGGGCUCAUAUGUAUCCUUUCCGUGUUUUAUAUUCCAGUCUUAAAAAUCUCAAACCUCAUCAAAAGGUGAAUCAUUUCCCUGGAUCAGGAUAUAUCACACAGAAGGUUGAUCUUGCCACUUCAGGCAUUCCUUAUAUUCCAGUUGCUUUCAGGAUCCCUGCCGACCUUGAGAAGCUCUUUGAGUAUGCAAAAGUAAAACCUGAGGCAUUAUUUGUCCAGAAGAGUAAUGACCAUCGAGGUGUAACCAUCACAAAGGUGAAGGACCUGAACCUGAAAGCAGAAGGUACAUUUGUUCAGGAAUAUGUUGGUAGGCCCUUGCUUGUGGAUGGACACAAAUUUGACAUCGGAGUGUACACAAUUCAGACUUCCAUAGAUCCUCUGAGAGUGUACGCUUACAAUGGAGAUGUGAUAUUGAGAUUCUGUCCAGAGAAAUAUUACCCAUUGAAUCCUGACGUGCUUGAUAAGUAUGUAGUGGGAGAUGAUUACCUCCCCACAUGGGAAGUGCCCUCUCUGCGGAAAUAUUACAUAGACUUGGGGUUUUCUAUGAAAGAGUCACUCAAUGCUCAUUUAAGAGAUAUAGGUAAAGAUCCAAACAAAAUGUGGGACCAAAUAGAUGAUGCCUUAAGACACGCCUACUUGAAAACAGAACCAUUGAUGAUUAAGUCUGCUUCCAAUUAUAGAUCAAAGCGAAACUUUUUUGAAAUGGUACGCUUUGAUUUUGUUGUUGAUGAGGACCUGAACGUUUAUAUAAUGGAGGCAAAUAUGUCUCCUAACUUGUCCUCACAACACUUCCCUCCUAACAGAAUAAUCUACGAACAAGUCCUAUUCAACGUGUUGAGUCUUGUUGGAGUAGGACGAAGAAUCCAUGGAGAUUCUCUUCGUCCAAGGUCAAGAGAUGAGGAAGUUAUGCAGGUUGCAGAGAAGAACCUCAUGGUGUUCCCAUCUGUGUGCGCAAGGAAGCUUUGUCGCAGCAGUUGUGUGUCGCCUGAUUGCCAGCUCUGCAAACCUUGUCUUACACCAGAGACCAUGGAUGUAUUGAAGGCUGCUUACAUGGAACACAUUAACCGACAGGAAUGCAAAAGAAUCUUCCCUCCCCAUAUGACUGAAGAAGAUGCAAAGAAAAGCAUCAGUCUAGAAGAAUACUCACCAGAGAAUCAGUUGAUGUAUCGGUGGUUCCAAGGGAAAUGCCUCAUUGAUCGUACAUGGUGUUGAGUCACUUCUGCAUCCUUCUGUUGUGAAAUGAGUUCUUUAAAUGUCAUACAGAGUAGCGGUAUUUGGUUUGUGUUGUGAUGUGGUGUAGGAAACGGUAUUUAUAUUAUGAACAUUGGAGCCUCACUGUUAUGUUCCAUUCUGAACAGGGCUGUACACUUCCGGAGUUGGAGCAUGGGCUGUUCAAUAAAUACACUGACUGGGCUAAGGAUUUCAUGACCAGUGUUCAGAUCCUGGCAGGUCUGAGAUUAACAUUCAUAUGUGCUGUGGGGCCCACUGUGAAUGUAUGCAGUGCAUUCGGGGGGGGGAGGGGGGCUUCCUGGAGGUAAAGUGGACAUGAAGAACAAGAGUACUUACCAGCUUCAUUUCUCAUAAUCAUACUAGCUUUCCCACAUUGUACUCUGUAUAUACCAGAAAUGGAAACAGUGGGUUGAGGAUGUAUUCUACAGAUGCAAAUGUACGUUGUCAAACACCUUCAUAUUCUAGUAAGAAGUUUUGCUAUUUCUGAAGUGUUAAUGUCAUAAAAAUAUGCAGUGGAACACUUGUUCCAUGCUUCUCAAUUUAAGCAUUUCCCUCAUUUAGUGUUCAAGUCAACAAUCUGAGUGUUGAAUUUCCUUCAUUUUAAGAUUUUCCUCAUUCUAGUGUUCAAAUCCACUGCGUCCCAAAGAAGCGUUAUGUCGGAGUUUCAAUCUAUAUUUUAAGAAAAAUUUCAUAUUACAAAGUUUGUUUCACAGUAGUAAUAAUCUAUAUAGUGCUGUAAAGUAAUUGACAGAGAUUUAAUGGCUAGAGUUUGAUUUCUAGGAGGAACAGAGAUUUAUUCUUUACCACCAUGGCAUCCCAUUGGGACCCACUCACCCCUCUCUCCGAUGGCUACUGGGGAAAAUUUUUUGGGUGUUAAAGCAGUCAAGAACAUGAAGCUGAUGGUUCAUAUCAUUUAGUGCUGAGGUCUAGAAUGUGUGGAGCUUGAAGUAUGUGCCUCUCCUACUCCUUCAUGGCACAGUGCUUAAGCGCAUGCACAGCCACAACAUUCUUAGCCUCUUGACAGCUAAGUUAAAUUUAUUUUGUGUUUUGGUGUUAAUUUUUCAAAUGUUAUUCUGUACUGGUUCUGUUAAAACAUCAGUGAGGUUUCACAGUAGACAUUAUGGGUGGAGGUUUAAAAAUGUAUAAAGAGAAUUUUGUAAAGAAAUCAUGUGCAUAAUUUCCAUCCAUCCAUUUGUCUGAUACGGACGUUAUUAUACAAAGACAUCUCACAUUGUACAACAGUUACAAUAGCAUAAAUAAAAAGAACUUAAGAGUGUGUCUGCUUUUAAUGAACUACAGUGCAAACCAAAUUAUUUGCAAUGACCAUAAAUUUUUAUGUCUGAUGUAUGACAAAAAUUGAGAUUCCAGGUAGAAGAGAUAUUUGUUUUGUCUGUGGUCAUAGUUUGUAAGUCACUGGAGCACAGUUUGCUGUAUAGGUCAUGCAUUGGUGCUAAUAUAUGAAGCUACAGUCUGAAGUCAUCUUAUGGUGAUGUAGUCAAUUUAUAUAUGUCCAUUUUAAGGCUCUAUUUGGUGAUUUUGUGAACCUUAGUAUUUAUUGCUGAAUUUUAUUAUGAAUUUAAACUUCAAGUGUGAGUA